AGUAGAGACUAGAGAGAGAUCCCAUUAUUAUUUUGUUUUUCUUCUCUCUCACUCACUCUCUUUCUUUCUCCCCACACCCAACAAAAAAAAGAAGGCUUAUAUGCUACUUCCGGUGAGAUCCAGACACAGCCUUCAACAAAAUCCCAAGAACACUGUGGGUUUGGUUUGGUUUGGAUUCAUUGAACCGAAAUUAAAUGUGGUCCUCGUAUCGUAUGUAUGCAAAUAAAUGCCACCUCGGAACAAAACAGAUCCGUGCAGCAAAUUACUAACAUUUAUACAAAACACCACUCUCACUCUCAUUCAUUCAUUAAACUCCCCUCUUCGGUGCCACCAUCAAUUAAUUAACUUUUGUCUUCUAACAACAAUAGUUGCAUUUUCCUUCCCUUCAUUAACUCCUCCUUUACCACUCUGCACUCAGUAAAAAAUGUCAGGGGUGGUGGAAGAAGGGGGUGUUGAAUUGGUGGAGAAUUCGGAAGAGGAGAGAAGAAGGUCGAGAAUUGGAAGCUUGAAAAAGAAGGCCAUAAGCGCGUCUUCUAGAUUUACGCACUCGCUCAAGAAGAGAGGGAAGAGGAAAAUAGACUUUAGGGUUCCCAUUGAGGAUGUGAGAGAUGCUGAGGAGGAAUUCGCGGUGCAGGAAUUGCGUCAGAGGCUGCUUCUGAGGGAUUUGGUUCCUACCAGGCAUGAUGAUUAUCAUGCAUUCUUAAGGUUUCUUAAAGCGAGGGACUUUAACAUCGAGAAGACGAUUCAGAUGUGGGAAGAGAUGCUAACUUGGAGAAAAGAAUAUGGAACUGACGCUAUCCUUCAGGAUUUUGAAUUUGAAGAGCUGGAAGAAGUGUUGCAGCAUUACCCUCAAGGGUAUCAUGGAGUUGACAAGGAAGGUAGGCCAGUUUACAUUGAAAGGCUUGGGAAAGCUCAUCCAAGCCGCUUGAUGCGUAUAACCACAAUAGAUAGGUAUUUGAAAUACCAUGUCCAAGAGUUCGAGAGGGCUCUGCAGGAGAAGUUUCCAGCAUGUACCAUUGCAGCCAAGAGACGAAUUUCUUCAACCACAACAGUAUUGGAUGUACAGGGCUUGGGAAUGAAAAAUUUCUCUCCUACUGCUGCAAGUCUAUUGGCUGCCAUCUCAAAAAUAGAUAACAGUUACUAUCCUGAGACUUUACAUCGAAUGUAUAUCAUCAAUGCUGGUCCUGGAUUUAAGAGGAUGCUUUGGCCUGCAGCACAGAAGUUUCUUGAUGCCAAAACUAUUGCAAAGAUACAGGUUCUUGAACCUAAAUCUUUAUGUAAAUUACUGGAUAUCAUUGACUCUAGUCAGUUGCCAGACUUUUUGGGUGGAACAUGUACAUGUCCUGGAGAAGGUGGAUGUCUAAGGUCUAGCAAAGGUCCAUGGAAUGAUCCUGAUAUCAUGAAAAUGGUUCAUAGUGUGGAGGCAACGUUUGAGAGACAAAUCGCCCGAAUGUCCAAUGAACAACAGAAUUUAGACUCUUUUUGGAUAUGCCCACAGAAGGGGCAAUGCAGUGAUACGUCAACAGCCGAAUCUGGGUCAGAUCUUGAUGAUUCUUUUUCGUCCAUCGGACAAAGUAGAUUCACUUUUCCUCGUUUAGCUGCAGUUCAUGAAGAAGUCAGAGUAUCAGACAACUACUAUAGUUGUGAUGAUAGUGCUCCUGCAGCCGAGAAAGUGCUUGAAAGUGAUGAAUUUCACAUAACCCAGGAACAAUCAUUGCAAAAUGAUGAUACAGGGAAUAUUGCUUGUAUGGAAAAUUCCACAGGCACUUCAGUCAACAAUUGGUUCAGCUUUGUUAAGGAAAAAGUGGAGAAAACAAAUUUAUUAUAUGUGUCGAGAGUGGUGAUAUAUUUUAUGGAAAGAUUAGUAAUGUUCUUUCGCAGUUUAAGAUUAGAAUUUUGGAGAACACAGAACAAUAUUUACCCAUCUGUUGCCAUGGAACACAACAAUAACCCUGCAGCAGCUAGUGAAAUACUUUCUGAAAGGGAUCAUAUUCUUCGAUGUAUGCAACGUCUUGAGAGACUAGAAAAAACGUUUGGGGAACUUAGCCACAAACCUGCAGGCAUACCUUUGGAGAAGGAGCACAUGCUUACAAAUUCCUUGGAUAGGAUUAAAUCUGUUGAGUUUGACCUUGAAAAGACUAAGAGGGUGCUACAUGCUACAGUGAUGAAGCAGCUUGAGAUUGCUGAGCUGCUGGAGAAUUUGCAGGCAUCGAAGAGUCAAGUAAAUUGCAUCUCGCAAAGAAGGCUGUUCCGUCGAAAGAUUCAAGUUUCGGCAACAAGUUAGAGUUGUCAACACCUCUGAAGAUUAAAUUCAACAGCCAAAAGAUUGACCUUUUGUUUGUUUGAAUGGAGAAAAAAUGAAGAAAAAAAAUGAAGUUUGAAUUGCAUUAGAAAAGGAGAGAAAAUUUUAAUUUUUUUUUUGAAGUCAUACUUUUCUCCCUUUUUUCUUCAAUCAAACCAAAAAAAAAAAGUUUAUAAAUGUUAUCAGUAUUUUUUGUUUUUUCCUUUUCUCUCCAUCAAACACAGGGCAACCUCACUUAUUGAACCCAAUGAAGGCUGAUGUGAGGGAUUAAGCAAGUUAAGCACAACAAGUUGCGGUAGCACCUCUAGGGAGACAUAGGGAUGAGAUAGUUCUCUCUUUUUUUGUUUGUGUAUAUAUAUAUAUAUAUAUAUACUUUGUAGUUUUUUGUUCACAUCUUUUAUCUUAUUUGAAUAGUAUAUAGCUGGCAAAUUUUAGAUCUUUAUGCCAGAACUUGGUGUCAGAAUUUGUUUAGUAUACAGCUGGCUAAAUUUGUAGCAACGCAUGGAUAAGAUGCUCUUCUAUUUAGUUUGACAGAAGAGUAGAGAGGAAACCGGCAAUUUAACCGACCAGAACUGAAACUGAAGUCUUUUAGGAAAGGGCUCUUUUAAGAGACCCAACAACCAUGAAUGAACUCACGACGUGACAAGAUUAAGCUUGGCUUUUGGCUAUGUUCAUGAUAAUGAUUUCGAAUGACAUUAUUUUGAAAUAAUAUAAUAUAUGUUUCAAUA